UCGCUUCGACCGGAUGGGGUCACUCGAGAGCCCCGCGGACUUUGAGAUCGCGACACAACGCGACGUGUACCAGUUGCUUAACUUGACUCUCAGGCUACGCCGAAACAGCGUGCAGCUCUGUCUGGGAUUUAACCCGAAACCAUGCCAGGUUGUCGUCCGAACACAACCGACUAGAAUAUCCAGCUAACUGCGUCAACAGGCACGUGUCUUCAGAGCGUUUGGUGGGACUGACGCGGAAAUGUUUGUGCCUCCAGUGCUCCGGGUGUUUUUGCUCUCUCUAUGUGCUUUUCCAGUUUCAUACCUGGCAAACCGGCUCUCGGCUUUUGAAGAGCCAUCAGCUGUCCUAGGACUUGGUGUGGCUGCAGUGCUGGUGGUAUUCAGCGUUGCGUAUGCCACCGUCAGAUGUGAUGUUCCUGUGGACUGCAUCUUCUAUUUCUUUUCAGUCUGUGCCUUCACAAGUGUUAUAGAUCUUAUUAUCGGCCUGGAACAAGAUGGCUACAUCAGUGGCUUCAUGGAGUUUUACAUGAAUGAGGGGGAGCCCUACUUGCGCACUGCAUAUGGAAUGAUGAUUUGUUACUGGGAUGGCUCUGCACACUACAUCUUGUACUUGCUGAUGGUGAUGAAGAUCUCCAAUGGGCAGAGCUACCGCAACGUGGGCCUUUACUGGCUGGGCUCAUUGUCCAUGAGCAUGAUUGUGUUCCUGCCAGGAAAUGUCCUCGGCAAGUACAGCACGGACAUCCGCCCUGCAUUCCUCCUGAACGUCUUCUUCAUUAUUUUGCCCAUUUGGGCAGGUCUCCGAGUCUUUGAGAACUCCCGCCCGGCCCCUGAGGUGGCCAGUGACAAGAUUGUAGCUGAACAGAAUAAGUUACCUCAUCAGCGCCUGCUGGAUGCCUUGCUGCUAAUCUUCUUGGUAUUUGCCAUCACCUUCACUGUCUUCAGGGGAUUUGUGGCCCUAGAGUGCCCUUUGGAUUCCUGCUUCACCUAUGUGUACCAGUAUGAGCCGUACAUAAAGGAUCCCGUAGCCUACCCCCGUGUGCAGAUGCUGGUUUAUCUCUUCUAUGCACUGCCGUUGCUCUGCUUUUUUGCUUAUGGUUUGCUGGUGCCCGGGUGCACUUGGAUGUUAGACUGGACGUUAAUUUUUGCAGGAGCUGUGGCUCAGGCCCAGUUCUCACACACAGGGGGCUCCCUGCAUAUAAGGACACCCUUCACAUACCGUGUCCCUGAAGAAUCAAUGUGGCCGGUGCUACUGCUCAACCUCCUCUACGUUGUAGGCCCACAGAUUCUGGCCCUGCGUUGUCUGAGACACCCCGAGUUCUUCCUCCGUGUCCCAUCACAAACUGAAAUGGACCUUGACAAGAAACAAAAGUGAGGCUGAAGUGGGCAUCUUGUUUGCACUACUUUUUUUUAAAAAACUUUUUUUUUUUUAUCUGGACAAUUCAAUUACAGUAUAGCUGAAAGGGGAUCCACUGGAAAAUGGCGGGGAAGCCAAUGACUGGAACUGGGAUGAUUGUCAUGAUAAUAAAAGCUGAUUGACAUGGCA